GUAUACGGUUUUCGGAAAUGAAGUAACGUCUCAUUCAUUAGUGUGAGCUUAAAAGGCCUCUCUCUCUGUGAUAUAUUAUUGUGGCAAUGGGAAUGGGUGAAUACAGAAUGGAGUCGGAAGAAGAAGCACUGUCUCGAUCAUAUCCCUACUUGCUGCACAGCCCUCCUUCAACCAUUUCCCUCCCUCCCCUCACCUACUCUUCCUCUCGUGGAUCCAACAACUCCCAACUCUUCAACCAUAACCAUAAACCCCUUAAAUUUCAUCAUCUCGUCGUUCAAGAUGAAGACCACCACCUUCAAGAUGAGCAUCGCCGAGGUUGGAUUAAGUAUUUCUCCUUGACUUAUUCCAACUCGGGGGGUUGGAUUUUGAUGCAGUUGAGUUGGAGAUUUUUGGUGAGCUUCAUGAUUGCGUUGCUCGUCUUCUACGUCGCUGCCAAGCCGCCCCACCCCGACCUUUCCCUUAAGGUUGCAGGAAUUAGACAAUUCAGAUUAGGGGAGGGAGUAGAUGCAUCUGGUGUGACAACCAAGUUACUAAGCUGCAAUUUUUCAAUUAAUCUAAUAAUAGACAAUCACUCCAAGCUCUUUGCUCUUCACAUCCAUCCUCCAACAAUCAAAUUAAUAUUUGGCCGUCUCACUUUUGCAAUCUCACAGAUGCAGGGAAGAGAACUGUAUGCUGGGAAUGAUGAUUUGACAAUGCUGAGGUUUAAUGUUGGGACCAGAAAUAAGGCCAUGUAUGGUGCAGGGAGAAACAUGCAAGAUUUUCUAGAAUCUGAAAAAGGGUUGCCUUUGGUAAUUAGAGUGAGCUUGAGAUCAAAAUUUAAUGUGAUUUGGGGGAUUAUUGAACCCAAAUAUCAUCACGAAGCCCAAUGUUUGGUGGUCGUAGAUAAUAAUUAUGAUAAGAAACAUAGAACCCAAGUGUACAACAGCACAUGUAUAAUUCAUCCCUAGCAUAAUGCCUCGUGUGCUACACUUAUUUUUAUUUACUCUAAUCUAUGCCACACUGGAAAAAAUAUAGAUAAUAGUGUGUUGCAACAAUGAGAUACAUUGUGUAAUAAUUGUAUUUGUGUAUCUAAAUACUAUUCAAUGUGUAAAAUGUUGAGUUCUUCUUUCA